GGGCCAGAAUUGGGCGUUCCCUUUGACAGUGAUGGGGCACCGACUGGAGUAGUAGCCAAUCACCUACGGGCUUGAGCGGCCAUGUCCGCUUCCAUGAUGCCUGUUAGGUUUUGGGGGCUGUAAGGAGCUGCCAUCAUCUUCUGUUGUACCGGUUUGGGGGUAAAUCAGGCGCCCGGCGGGGUCCUGCUCUCUCGGUGUCAUGGGUAAAAAGGACAAGACAGACAGAGACAAGAAAAAAUCCAAGAAGCGUCACUAUGAUGAUGAGGAAGAUGAUGAAGAUGAUUUACCGGGUACCGACCAGGAAGCCAUGCCUUCUGCUGCAGGAAAGCAGGUGGAUGAAGGCGGCACUAAGCAUGAUGAAUACGGCGCCAAGGAUUAUAGACCUCAAAUGCUUCUGAAAGGAGACCAUUCAUCCCGUCCGCUUUGGGUAGCUCCGGAUGGACACAUCUUCCUCGAAGCUUUCUCUCCAGUGUAUAAAUAUGCUCAGGAUUUCCUUGUCGCCAUCUCUGAGCCAGUGUGCCGACCAGUGCAUGUUCAUGAGUAUAAACUAACCGCUUACUCACUGUAUGCGGCGGUCAGCGUGGGGCUGCAAACCAGUGAUAUCAUUGAGUAUUUACAGAAACUGAGCAAAACCGGGGUCCCUGAAGGCAUAGUACAGUUUAUCAAGCUCUGCACCGUGAGUUAUGGAAAAGUGAAGUUGGUCUUGAAACAUAACAGGUACUUUGUUGAGAGCGCCCACCCUGAAGUCAUCCAGGAUCUCCUGCAAGACUCCACCAUCCGAGGCUGUAGACUGAGGAAUGAGGAGGGCGAGGAAACAGAGCUUAUUACAGAGACAUUUACUAGCAAGUCUGCUAUCUCCAAGACCAGUGAUCCAGCCGGUGGCCCCUCCACUUCCCAAGACCCAGAGACGCAGAAUAAGAGCGAUGUCCCCGCCGACUUGUUUGAGUUUUAUGAGCAAAUGGACAAAGAAGAGGAGGAGGAAGAAGAGACGCAAACAGUGUCCUUUGAGGUCAAACAGGAAAAGAUUGAGGAGCUCCAGAAGCGAUGCAUCUGCAUGGAGUACCCUCUGUUGGCAGAGUAUGACUUUAGGAAUGACAACAUGAAUCCGGACAUUAACAUUGAUCUGAAGCCCACCGCUGUCCUUCGCCCGUACCAAGAAAAGAGCCUCCGAAAGAUGUUUGGCAAUGGUCGUGCUCGCUCUGGUGUGAUUGUUCUUCCCUGCGGAGCGGGGAAGUCUCUGGUGGGUGUUACCGCUGCAUGUACAGUCCGGAAAAGAUGCCUGGUGCUGGGGAAUUCUGCUGUUUCAGUGGAACAGUGGAAAGCACAGUUUAAGAUGUGGUCCACUAUUGAUGACAGCCAGAUAUGUCGCUUUACAUCCGACGCCAAGGACAAACCGAUCGGAUGUUCGAUUGCUAUUAGCACUUACUCCAUGCUGGGACACACCACAAAGCGGUCUUGGGAAGCUGAGCGAGUAAUGGAUUGGAUGAAAAGUCAGGAGUGGGGUCUGAUGAUACUAGAUGAAGUACAUACGAUUCCAGCAAAGAUGUUCAGGCGAGUGCUGACAAUCGUCCAGGCGCACUGCAAGCUGGGGCUCACCGCCACUCUGGUCCGAGAAGAUGACAAAAUCGUUGACUUGAAUUUCCUAAUUGGUCCUAAACUUUAUGAAGCUAACUGGAUGGAGCUGCAGAACAAUGGGUACAUCGCAAAAGUGCAGUGUGCUGAGGUUUGGUGCCCUAUGUCUCCCGAGUUUUACAGAGAAUACGUUGCCAUAAAAACAAAGAAGAGAAUUUUGUUGUACACCAUGAACCCAAAUAAAUUUCGAGCCUGCCAGUUCCUGAUUAAGUUUCAUGAGCGGCGGAAUGACAAGAUUAUUGUGUUUGCAGACAAUGUAUUUGCGCUUAAGGACUAUGCCAUCAGGCUGAACAAACCUUAUAUCUACGGUCCAACCUCCCAAGGAGAGAGGAUGCAAAUUCUACAAAACUUUAAACACAAUCCAAAAAUUAACACCAUCUUUAUAUCAAAGGUCGGAGACACAUCCUUUGAUUUACCUGAAGCCAACGUACUGAUCCAGAUAUCAUCACAUGGGGGGUCUCGCAGACAGGAAGCCCAGCGUCUGGGGCGUGUGCUGAGAGCAAAAAAAGGAAUGGUCGCAGAAGAGUAUAAUGCCUUCUUUUACUCUCUGGUGUCUCAGGACACACAGGAAAUGGCGUAUUCCACCAAAAGACAGAGAUUCCUUGUAGAUCAAGGGUACAGCUUUAAGGUAAUUACAAAACUCGCUGGGAUGGAAGAGGAGGAUCUAGCAUUCUCCACCAAGGAAGACCAGCAGCAGCUUCUGCAGAAGGUUUUGGCGGCCUCAGACCUUGAUGCAGAGGAGGAAAUUGUGGCUGGGGAGUAUGGCUCCAAGUCUACACAUGUGGCCCGACGUGUAGGCGCCAUGAGUUCUAUGUCUGGAGCAGACGAUACGGUGUAUAUGGAAUAUCACGCUCCACGAAACAAGGGCGGGAACAGCAAGCAUGUACACCCGCUUUUCAAACGCUUCCGUAAAUGAAAAGAACUCCAUGUCCUCAUUCAGGCUCUCCAGGCAAAUCAUUUAUACGGAAUAAUGGUACUGGCAGAGUCUGGUGUGUAAAAUUAGCAAACAGGCUUCAUAGGUAGAACUCGAUAGAGCUGGAAAUCAUUUAAUAUUUUUGUAAUGUACAGAACAAAUCUUACAGUUAAAUGACUGAAAGUAAAACAACGUAUUCAGGUGAUUUAAUGUAACCUGGCUGCAGAAUCAGGAAUAUUUCUGACUGGAAUAGCAGAACGUUUUGGCUUGUCGUUUUCUUUCGUUUCAGUAUUAUUCCUUGUGAAUAAAGAAAUAUAAAUAAGUCUCGUUCCAGAUUAGCAGCUUUGUUUGAAAUGAUCAUGUAAGGUGCUUGGAAACUGUUUUUUUUAUGCUAUUUAAACAUGAGAAACACGUUAAAGUGAUUUUAUAAUAAAAUAUCAAUAUUG